AUGAAUUCCGCUGCUAGAAAACUCCAACUACAAACCGUCGUAAAGUCGGUACUUUCGCUUCGUCCCCAGGGGACCGGCGCACCGCCAAGUCUCAAAGCUAACGUGCACCAGCUUCUACAUGCUCCGUCGGACACAGAUCACAUUGACCAGCUCAUUACUACUAUUAAGGAUGCCACUGUAGAGGGUCGUGAAGACCAGCUUAUGUAUGAGCUUGACAAGUUCUCUAACGAGCGGGAAACUGAAAUCGAGCGCUUGUGCAAUAACAAUCACCAGGACUUUGUCUCCUCCGUCAACCAGCUACUGAAUGUCAGGAAGGGGACUGUAGAUUUGACGGAGGAGAUACUGAAGCUAAACCAAUCGAUCCAGGGAUCUACAGAGAAGCUAGUGGAGCAGAAGAAGGCCUUGGUGGACUCGCGGGAUGUUAGACAAAACAUUGACGAAGCAACACAGGCUUUACGGCUUUGUUUGGAGGUGCUAGGGCUGGCGAACCGUGUCGGCGACCUCUUGAGGGCAAAGAAGCACUAUGCAGCUUUGCGAACGCUAGACGAGCUACAGAAUGUACACCUCAAAGAGGUGAUGCAAUAUGAAGUUGCCGACAUGAUCCGGAAGUCCGUUCCAGCGAUGCAAGGAAUGGUCAAGGAAGCUGUCAUGACGGAUCUCAACAGCUGGCUCUAUAGGAUCCGUGAGAGUUCUGUGCUCCUAGGGCAGAUAGCAUUCGAUCAGACUGAGCUCCGCCGACGCCGACAAAAGGACCGGAUCAAGAAGUCGCCGUAUUUGCGUAAGUUUUCAUUCAUGAUGGUUGAAUGUACCCGCCUAAAACUCCCGGAUAUAGGAUCCUUCAAGCUCAACUCCGCGAUUGAACUGGUGCUUGAUGAACGGGAAGAGUUCGAUGUACUUCAUAAUGAAAAUGUCAAUAUUGACUUUACACCAUUAUUCGAGUGUCUCCACAUUCAUGAAGCUCUCGGAGAGAGAGACGAGUUCAGAGUCACAUAUGCGAACGUGAGACGGCAGCAGAAAGAACUUCUUCUAUCGGGAUCUUUGAACUUCACGAAUGAAGACAUAUCCGGCUUGAACCGGCUUUUAGAAGACAUAGCUGGUUUUGCUAUCGUCGAGAGAGAAACGAUGAAAAAGACAAUAAGCUUCCGAUCGGCUGUAGAUGUUGACGAACUGUGGGACUCAAUGUGCAAAAAAGCCAUCAAUAUCAUCUCACCAGCCCUGGAAAAUAUUACUGAUGCCGAUAAUCUUCUAAAAGUCAAAAAUGUCCUCGCAUUAUUUAUACAAACCAUGGACAGCUGGGGAUAUUCUGUAGAAGCGCUUGAUCAAUUCCUACUAGUACUCUUUGAGAAAUACUCAGAACGCCUCAAGAAGGAAUUCAGUGCCGGUUUUAAAGAAAUUGUUACUAGUGAUGACUACAUGCCAAUGCCUGUCAACACCCCUGAGGAAUAUGCCAAUGUUGUCAACGUGAGUUGGUAUAAGCCCGAAAAAGAAAAGGAAGAGAUAGAGUUCCCCAUUGUGCUACCGUUCUCGCAAAUGUAUCCACUGUGCUGCAUCGACAUACGUAACUUCCUGAACAAGUAUUACUUCUUCUCCGAUGAGUACUUCACACACCAAAGCGCAAUCGACGAGGAACUCAAGAACUCACUGGAUGAGCUCCUGUGUAACGUAGUUUGUACCGCCCUUGUGGAGCGCCUCGGCUCCAAAUACCUUGGACAAAUUGUGCAAAUCCUCAUCAACCUCGAACAAUUCGAGUACGCUUGCCAGGAGCUUGAGGUGCUCCUCGUGGAGGCACGACAGUCCAACCAUGGCGGCGAGAUCUCGCUCAAGGCUACUGAGCAGUUCCGCGCCGAGAAAAAGACCGCCGAGAAACGUAUCUUUGAGUUGGUCAACAGCAAGAUUGACGAUCUUGUGGAGACUGCAGAGUAUAACUGGAUGACAACUAAAAAGCAGGGACAGCCCAGCGAGUACUUGCAGCAGAUGACGCUGUUUUUGGGUAAUAUCAUGAGCUCAACGCUACUAGGAUUACCCAAGGAUAUCAAAGGGUUAAUCUACUUUGAUGCCCUAUCUCAUAUUGCUACUUCAAUUUUGGCUCUACCACUUGCCGACUCCGUCAAGAAAAUCACCAAAAUUGCUGUCGCAGACCUAGACCUAGACGCACGCUAUCUUCAGGACUUUGUCGCCAGCCUCAACGAGCCCCUUCUCCUCCAGAUCUUCGAGGAGCUACGACAGACGAUCGACCUCCUUCAGAGUGACAAUGCGGAUGAAUUCUAUAGCAUUGACACUAGGAUGAGGAAAUACUCUAAUGUCAACCCAAUGAACGGACCUAUAUUGCUAGAGAAGCUGGUGGUACCAUCUGCUGCGAAGACGGGGUUGGCGAGAUUUAGAUAG